AUGCCCUUCAUCAGCGCAACUGCAGUCCUCCUCACGCUGGGCCUCCGUGCCCUAGCCGCUCCCGCACCGGCCUCCGUCGCCCCGGACGGCAUCAUCCCGGGCGAGUACAUCGUCUCCCUGAAACCGGGCCUCGCCCGCUCCCAAAUCGAAUCCCACCUCGCCCGCGCCGCCUCCGUGCACAGCCGCCGGCGGCGCGACACUCCCACAGGCGGUAUCAGCAAGACCUUUUCCAUCGGCGCCUUCAACGCCUACGCUGGCUCCUUUGACGAGGCCACACUCGCCGAGAUCCUCAGCGGCGACGUCGAGGGCGCCGUGGCGUCGGUCGAGCCGAACCGCCUUGUGGAGAUUGACGCCCUCGUCACGCAGGACGCCGCGCCGUGGGGUCUCGCGAGUUUGUCGUCGCCGAACCAACUGUCAAGCUCGUCUGACGGUCAACCUUAUACCUAUGAUGACUCUGCUGGCGAGGGCUCCUUUGCGUAUAUCCUGGACACGGGCGUGCAGGUGUACCACCCUGACUUCGCGGGCCACGCUGUGAAGGGGUACAGUUCGCAGCCUGACGAGGAGUUUGAUGACUUUGGAGGGCACGGCACGCACGUUGCCGGUACUGUUGGGUCCCAGACGUACGGGGUCGCGAAGAAGGCGACUGUUGUGGAUGUUAAAGUCCUUGCUGGCAUUGGCACCGGCAGCGUCGCAACGGUCCUCGAUGGCUACAACUGGGCCGUCAACAACAUCACAGACACCCCUGGUCGCCUCGCCAAGUCCGUCAUCAGCAUGAGUCUCGCCUCCGCCCUCGACGAGGCGGUCAACGCAGCCUACGACCUGGGUGUCCCGACUGUCGUGUCGGCCGGCAACCUGAAUCAGGACGCCAGCCAGCGGUCGCCCGCGCGGGCGGCGCGCGCCUUUACGGUGGCGGCCGCGGACUGGAACCGGACUCGGGCGUCCUUUUCCAACUUUGGUAGCCUGGUCGAGGUGUUUGCGCCGGGCGUCGCGGUGCGCUCGCUCGGGCUCGACAACGGCACGACGGUGUACUCGGGUACCUCGCAGGCUGUCCCGCACGUCACGGGUCUGAUUGCGUACCUGAGAGGCAAAGAGGAGGGUUUGGAUACCCCGGACGAGGUUUUUGCGAGGGUGGAAGAGCUUGCUGUUGAGGGUGUAGUUCGGGACCCUCGGGGUACUGCAAAUCUGCUUGCUUUCAACGGUGCUGUUUCCUCCUGA